AUGGCGCCAACAACAAAAGGCGCAAAGGGCAAGACCUCGGCCAAAGGCGAAUCAAAGAACAAUAAAGUCCUCGGCUCAAAAGUCAGCAAGAAGAAUGUCAAGCGACCACCGCCAAAGGAGGUGAAAUCCAAGGCGCGCACCGAGCAGAGCCAACUCAAGAAGACGAAGAAGAGAGAGUACUCAGAGGCAGAGCUAGAUCUUCCGAAGCUGAACAUGAUUACGCCUGUCGGUGUAGUCAAUCCCAAAGGGAAGAAGAAAGGAAAGACGUUCUGUGAUGAUCCGGAGGCGAUGAUGACGAUUUUUGCCAUGGUCAAUGCGGAGAAGGAGGGCCAGAUCGAGUCUAAAAUUAUGAAGGCUCGGCAACUAGAGGAGAUUCGAGAAGCGAAAAGGAAGGAGGCAGAGGCGAGGCAGUCGGAGAAGAAGAACAAGUUGGUAUGGAUGACGCUCAAUCAAGAUAUAGUGGAUGUUUGCUAA